AUGACUGAAUCUUUAUUUGAUACCAAUUUCACUUCAGAAAACGAAUCUAAACCUGAACCAACUCAACAACAACAACAACAAUCAACUCAACAAACAUCUCAACAACAACAACAACAACAGCCAUCGUCUUCUACAUUAACAACAUCUAUUGUUGAUCAAUCUUCAACUUUACCUUCAUUACAAGAUAAAUCCAAUAUUGAUGCCUUGAUCAAUUAUCGAGUAUUAGUUUCCGCCAAAGAAGCAGGAUGUCUUAUUGGUACUAAUGGACAAGUUAUUGAUUCAAUUAGAAAUGAAACCAAUACUAAAGCCGGGAUUUCUCGAUUAAUUCCUGGUAGUCAUGAACGAAUUUUAACUGUUCUGGGGAAAUUAGAUGAUUGUGCUAAAGCAUUAAGUUAUUUUGCUCAAGCUUUAAUUAAUGCUAAUAUUGAAAGUUAUAAUUAUUUCCCCCUUAAACAAUUAUCAUCAACUCCAAAUACUGAAGAAACAACAAUUUUAAGAUUAUUAAUCCCCAAUUCUCAAAUGGGGACUUUAAUUGGUUCUAAAGGUGCUAGAAUACAACAAUUACAAAAUAAUUUUAAUAUUUCUAUGAUUGCUUCAAAAUCAUUUUUACCAGGUUCAAAUGAAAGAUUAGUUGAAUUACAAGGUACUGUUGAUGAUUUAUAUGAUAGUUUAAGAAUAAUUUCAAGAUGUCUUAUUGAAGAUUUUUCUUCAAUUGUUGGUACCACUUAUUAUGUUCCUCGUGGUAACACCUACAACAAUAAUCAUAGCCAUAGCCAUAGCCACAACAACACCAACAACACCAACAUCAAUAACAAUAACAACAAUAAUAAUAAUACACACGGUAGUGGCGGUAAUAAAACCACUGAUACUAUAUCUUUUCCUAAUGAUAUAGUUGGAGCAUUAAUAGGGAAAAGAGGUAGUCGUAUUGAUGGAGUUAGAAAAGUUAGUGGUGCUAUGAUUGCUAUUAGUGAAGCAAUCGAAGGUGAAAAUGAACGAGUUUUCACUAUUACAGGAUCAUCUCAUGCUGUAGAUAAAGCUAAACAAAUGAUUUAUCAAAAUUUUAAAAGAGAAGAAGAAAGAAGAAAAAAUGAAGAAUCAAGAGUAUAA